CUGGCCGCUAAGCCGACCGUUCAGUCCGCCGCCUUCAAUGGCUUGCGCUGCUACUCUACCGGCAAGUCCAAGUCCUUGAAGGAGACUUUCGCCGAGAAGCUCCCCGGUGAAAUCGAGAAGGUCAAGAAGCUCAGGAAGUACGCUCACCUCUUCUCCCUGCAAACAUGUGUGCAGCAACAAGCGUUAAUCAGUCGAUGAAUGUCUACAGGGAGCACGGCAGCAAGGUCAUUGGCGAGCUCACCCUCGACCAGGCCUAUGGUGGUGCCCGUGGCGUGAAGUGCCUCGUGUGGGAGGGCUCUGUUUUGGACUCUGAGGAGGGUAUCCGUUUCCGUGGCCGUACCAUCCCCGAAUGCCAGGAGCUUCUCCCCAAGGCCCCCGGUGGUCAGGAGCCUCUCCCCGAAGGUCUCUUCUGGCUCCUCUUGACCGGCGAGGUCCCCUCCGAGCAGCAGGUCCGCGAUCUGUCUGCUGAGUGGGCUGCCCGCUCCGACCUCCCCAAGUUCAUUGAGGAGCUCAUCGACCGCUGCCCCAGCACCCUGCACCCCAUGGCUCAGUUCUCUCUUGCCGUCACUGCCCUUGAGCACGAGUCGGCCUUCGCCAAGGCCUACGCCAAGGGUAUCAACAAGAAGGACUACUGGAACUACACCUUUGAGGACUCCAUGGACCUCAUUGCUAAGCUGCCCACUAUCGCCGCCAAGAUCUACCGCAACGUCUUCAAGGAUGGCAAGGUCGCUGCUAUCCAGAAGGACAAGGACUACUCUUUCAACCUGGCCAACCAGCUCGGAUUCGGUGACAACAAGGACUUUGUUGAGCUUAUGCGUCUUUACCUGACCAUCCACUCUGACCACGAGGGUGGAAACGUCAGCGCCCACACCACCCACCUGGUUGGUAGCGCUCUGAGCUCUCCCAUGCUCUCCCUGGCCGCCGGUCUGAAUGGUCUGGCUGGCCCUCUUCACGGAUUGGCCAACCAGGAAGUCCUUAACUGGCUCACCAAGAUGAAGUCUGUCAUCGGUAACGACCUUAGCGAUGAGGCCAUCAAGAACUACUUGUGGUCUACCCUCAACGCCGGCCAGGUCGUCCCCGGAUACGGUCACGCCGUCCUUCGUAAGACCGACCCUCGCUACGUGUCUCAGCGCGAGUUUGCCCUCCGCAAGCUGCCCGAUGACCCCAUGUUCAAGCUGGUCAGCCAGGUCUACAAGAUCGCUCCUGGCGUUCUCACCGAGCACGGCAAGACCAAGAACCCCUUCCCCAACGUCGAUGCCGUAAGUUCUUUCUGUUCCCCUUGUGACUGGCAAAAACACGAGCUCGGUACUGACCCCUGUCCAGCACUCCGGUGUUCUCCUGCAGUACUACGGCCUGACUGAGGCCAACUACUACACCGUCCUGUUCGGUGUUUCCCGUGCUCUCGGUGUCCUUCCCCAGCUGAUCAUCGACCGCGCUCUCGGUGCCCCCAUCGAGCGCCCC